AUGACGAAGUCUUUGUUGAUCAUUCUCGCUUUUGUCGCCACUUCGACUCUGGCGUUCACCACUCCAUCGUCUAUCCGCCAGGCGACGGCUCUCCAUGGCUAUGUCCCCGAUGGCAUUUCCCCGGAACAAUGGAAGAAGAUGCAAGCCAAGGAAAAGGCGGAAAAGGCCAAGAAGAAAUUUGGAGCCUACGGACCGCAAUCCUUCAAGUCGCGUUCCCUGCAAUCCUUCCAAAAGGAAAUGGAAAAAGGCAAGGCCGAUCAUCUCUUGCCCGUCUUUAAUGCCAAGGAAAAAAUCAAGGCCGGCAAAAUCCGGCAGGAAGAUAUCCCCUACAUGCAGCGAGGCGGAUCUUGGGACAAUUCCGAUGUCAGGACGGCCAAGAAGAUUCAGUGGAACGAUGACGACAAGAAGUAUAAUCCAACCCGUGGAGGUGGAUUGGAUUGGUCCGGAAACGGAGCUCGUCGUGGACCCACCAUUGUGGAUACCAACAAGAAAAACACCAAACAACCACCCAAGCCCAAGGUUCAGAAACUAUUUGGUCUUUUCUAA